AUUUAUGCCGUGUGAUUAUCAAGAGCAAUGAUUGUCGGUUAAAAGAAAUUCAGUAGGAAUUCGAAUUAAUAAAUAAUUGUCCAAUCGAAUCCCGCAGUUAAGAAAAUUUUAAUUUAAAAUACCCCACAAAUGAUAAAUCAGAAUAAAUAAAGAACAAAAAUAAAUUGAGCGGCAGUGUUUUACAGCCCGUCUCCAAUGGGAUCCUAGUGGGCAGAGCAGAGUGUGGGGGGUCGGAGAGAGUCGAGAACAUAUACAGGGGCAGUGAAUAACUGAUCCGAAUCUGCUUCUUCAUUUGAAUGGAUUUGGAAUUUCUUCUACAUUCCCUGAUUCCUUCUUCAUGGACCUCCGCUAUUAUACUGGUGGUAUUUUUCAUUUAUUUGGCGAUUGCUGGAUCCAUUCUACCUGGUAAAGUUGUUCCCGGGGUAAUCUUACAAGAUGGCAGUCGACUCCAUUAUCGCUGCAAUGGGAUGUUAUUGCUUCUUUUGCUGGUUUCGCUACUUGGGUUUGGUGCUAAGAUGAAUCUCCUAUCGCCCACUGUCAUAUCAGACAGAGGACUAGAGCUACUUUCUGCAACUUUUAUAUUCAGUUUUCUAGUGACAUUUUUUCUCUAUGCUGCUGGUUGCAAUUCAAGCAGUCAGAGUUCUUCCCUAAAGGUUCAUAUCACAGGAAACCUAAUUAGCGACUGGUGGUUUGGAAUACAACUGAAUCCUCAGUUUGCAGGCAUUGACCUCAAGUUCUUCAUUAGAGCUGGAAUGAUGGGAUGGUUAAUUAUCAAUCUUUCAAUCCUAGCAAAAAGCUUUCAAAUGCUGAGCUGUUCAAUGAUCCUCUACCAGCUGUUCUGUGCGUUAUACAUCCUGGACUACUUUUACCAUGAGGAAUAUAUGACUUCUACAUGGGACAUAAUAGCAGAGAGAUUGGGUUUCAUGUUGGUUUUUGGAGAUCUAGUAUGGAUCCCUUUCACUUUCAGUAUCCAGGGUUGGUGGCUCUUGGGUAACAAGGUGGAGAUAACAACAGCUGCUACUAUAGCAAAUUGCUUUGUUUUUCUGAUUGGGUAUAUGGUUUUUCGAGGAGCUAAUAAGCAGAAGCAUAUGUUCAAAAAAAAUCCUAAAGCACAUAUAUGGGGUAGGCCACCGAAGGUUAUUGGUGGAAAGCUACUUGCUUCUGGUUAUUGGGGAACAGCUAGACAUUGUAAUUACCUUGGGGACUUGCUGCUAGCACUUUCCUUUAGUCUACCAUGUGGAAUAAGUUCUCCUAUUCCAUACUUCUACCCCAUUUAUCUUCUUAUUCUGCUAAUAUGGAGGGAAAGAAGGGACGAAGCUCGUUGUGCCCAGAAAUACAAAGAAAUAUGGGCAGAUUACUGCAGACUUGUUCCAUGGAGAAUAGUACCAUACUUAUAUUAGCUCCAGAUCUUCUGGAAUACACUGCCAUGACAUUCUUGAAUUCUUUCAAUCUACAACUAAUUUAAGCCCUUAAAAGCUUUAUUUUUAAUUUGUUUUGUCUUGGUAGCCUGAACAGCUAGUGACUUAUGCAAGAUACAGUGUUGGGUGCCAGAAUUAUGAAGGAUUCAAAUGGGAAAAUGUUAUCUAAUCUGCUUAAGUUCC